CGACGUGAUAUCCGACGUUUAAAAAUCGGUCAACUUUUGCCUGGUAUAGAGCUUUUGUUAAUAAACGAAUAAAUAAAAGCAACGUCAUUUCGUUUGGACGUUUCGGACAAUAAUACCACUCGGAACACCACUUGCCUAGGAUACACCCAAACCAUUUUGAAAUAAUGGGACUCGGAGUUUUGGCCGUUUUGUCUGGUGGAGUCGUUAUCGCAGCAGGAGCAGCCACUGCUGCAACAACAGCUGCUGGGGCUACAGCCGCUGCAACAGCUGCAGGAGCUACCGCAACGGCAGCGGGCGCAGCAGCAACAGCAUCAGGUACAGCACUUAGCAUAACUAUCGGAGGAUCUACAGCUGCGACUGCUGAAUUUGUGGGCGUAGCUGUUUCUACGCUCUGUUCGGGUCCUGUUGGUUGGAUUACAAUUGGAUACGAUCAGAAUAAAGAGGAAAGUGGGUCGGAAGACUUUCCAGGCAAAUUAGACUGCUACAAAGCUGUUAUUCACGAUACUUCUAAAAUUCCAUCCAAAACCGGCAUGUUGCUUCGAGAUCUCAUUCAAGACUCUCGUGUCAAAUCGGUUGAUGUUACUGAUGGAGAUCAUCCAAACUAUCCCAUCAUCAAAAUGACAAAUCAAUGGAACGAAACAUUUUUAAUCCAGUAUGUCUACUUGGAGAAUGGAGAGCUAGCGGGACACGUUAAACUUUGUAAUGAUGAAUGAUGAUAUUUUGAGUGGGAUAUAUACCACCAACUGUUCGUCUCUCCGCUAGCUGUGGGGAGGUUGAAAAACUUUUAGGUAGAGUAAAUUGAAUUUGUUAGCAGAGUUGAGUUGGAGUGGUCGAAAUAACUUAAUUUCCCCACUGCUAGCUGAUGAGGCUAUGUAUCCUGCUAUGUAUCCUAUUCUCGUAAAUCUUCCUUUCCAUGGAGGACACGAAAGCAACGGCAUUUAUUGUCAUCUCUUUGUACAUUUUCUUUAUUAGAUAGAAAAACUUUGAAAAAUUUAAAUUUCAAUCCAGUCAAAUAGUAACAAAAUGUUGAUAACUUUGAUCUACCUUCGAAUGACUUGAGCGUUCUUAUUUGUUUCAAAUAAAAUCAAAAUUUCAAAAAGAAAAAA